UUUCCUUCUGCUACCGGGGUGGUGGUGGUGGUACUUUUUCCGCAGAAACUACGAAUCCCAGAGUACCUUGCGGGUCUGCAGCGCGCGCUGGACAGCGUCUGUAAGACCCGGAUUCAAGCAAGAUGGCGGGCUCGCGGAAUGGAAAUCUGUGUGCCUAGAAACAGGUUUUAGAAGAGAUUUCUCCUCACAGUAUUUUUUUCCAAGUCACCUGAUGAGGACCAUGGCAACAGCAGUAAAAUGGGUGUCAUCAAGCAGGGCUAUCUGGAAACAUUUAUUUCCAACCCAAAGUGGACCUUUGUCUAGUGUGUGUCGUAAAUCUACAUAUUCUUCUCUUCCAGAUGACUACAACUGCAAGGUAGAGCUCGCUUUGACGUCCGACGGCAGGACAAUAGUCUGCUACCACCCUUCUGUGGACAUCCCGUACGAACACACCAAACCUAUCCCUCAACCAGAUAUUUUGCAUAAUAAUGAAACCCAUGAACAAGUGCUGAAAAUCAAAUUAGGAAUAAAAAGUGACCAGCUUGAGCGAGGAGCCAUGAUAGAUCAGCUCAGCAAGGUGUUCUUCACUACAAAGCACCGUUGGUACCCGCACGGACAGUAUCACAGACGUCGUAAGAAACUGAAUCCUCCCAGAGACAGGUGACUGUUCUUGAUUUGCAGAGUAUCAAGGAGAGUUUGGAUCUUAUUUGUCAGCUGAGAAAAUGCAAAUGGUGUACUGGUUAUGAUUUCAUGUAAGAAAAUAAUAAAAAUACAUUUUCAUAUGUUUAAA